UUUGUGCCCCUCUCUCUUUUUCUCUCUCCUUCUCUGGCUUUGCGUCUCUUCUUCACCUCAAACUCCCCUCAGCUCAGUCUCCCUGUCCCUUCCCUGCCUGAGGCUUGAGCCACCAUGCUGACCCCAAUGGUGGCUGGGGGGGUGGUGUUCCCUGGACUCUUCCUCCUCUCCAAGAACACGCUCCAGCGGUUGCCCCAGCUGCGCUGGGAGGAGGCCGACGCGGUCAUUGUCUCAGCCAGGCUAGUAUCCUCUGUCCAGGCCGUCAUGGCCUCCACAGCUGGCUACAUUGUCUCCACCUCCUGCAAGCACAUCAUUGAUGACCAACACUGGCUUUCCUCUGCCUACACACAGUUUGCAGUGCCCUACUUCAUCUAUGACAUCUACGCCAUGUUCCUCUGUCACUGGCACAAGCAUCAGGUCAAGGGGCACGGAGGGGAUGAAGGAGGGGCCCGAGCCCCAGGCAGCAUCUGGGCCGUGGCGCGGGGCUACCUGCACAAGGAGUUCCUCAUGGUGCUCCACCAUGCCGUCAUGGUGCUUGUGUGCUUCCCGCUGUCGGUGGUGUGGCGUCAGGGCAAGGGAGAUUUCUUUCUAGGCUGCUUGCUGAUGGCAGAGGUCAGCACACCCUUCGUUUGCCUUGGCAAGAUCCUCAUCCAGUACAAGCAGCAGCACACGCUGCUGCACAAGGUGAACGGGGCCCUGAUGCUGCUCAGCUUCCUCUGCUGCCGGGUGCUGCUCUUCCCCUACCUGUACUGGGCCUACGGGCGGCACGCGGGCCUGCCGCUGCUCGCCGUGCCCCUCGCCAUCCCGGCCCACGUCAACCUGGGCGCCGCGCUGCUGCUCGCCCCACAGCUCUACUGGUUCUUCCUCAUCUGCCGCGGGGCCUGCCGCCUCUUCUGGCCCCGGAGCUCCCCGCCGCCCUCUCCCUCUCAGACUCAGGACUGAGGGUGGGGCCAGGUGACCCUCCCCCUCUCUUCCCCAGCCCCACCCUCUCCCCGCGGGGACAGGGCUCUGGGGCUGCUGGAUGGGGGUGGGGAGCCAGGGGCCUGACGGCCCCGGGAUUGACAAGUGGACUCCGAAGGGGUGGGCACAGAUCCCUUCAGGGGCUGAGGGGCAGGGACCAGGUGACGUGCAAGGCAGAGAGGGAGGGCCUCUCCUCCCCAAGGUGCCUGGGCUGAGGGUAGCGAACCCCUUACUGCAUAGCCCUUCUCUGAUCACAACUCUGGGGCCCUGAAGAGCGGAGGGCAGAGGAAGGCGCACCACUUCGAAUCCACUUAAGGCCUGGGGGCUGGGGAGACUGCUGCAGACUCAAGAGGACCAGGAGUCGAGGAACGUGGGAAAGGCCCUGCUGCCAAGGCCAUCCCGUACCCCCCGCUGCAACUCCUCUCAGCACCCUGACAUCUGGGAGGUGGGGCCACCCUCACCAACCCCCAUAGGUCUUGCUCAGGGCUGGUUGCCUCCUUAGCGCCUCUCCAGGGGAGGCCAGCCUGAGGAAUCUUAUUUAUUCACCCAAAUUCAAACUAGUUUGUUGGGGUGGGGGAGGGAGGUGGCUGCUAUCUCCCAGCCUUCCCUGCGCUGAGCAAUCCCGGGGGCAGGUGAGGGGCACUGGUUCCUUCCCUCGCAGGCUGCACAUCUUGCCCUCAGGCCCUGGCAUGCCCUGGUGCUACAGACCUCUCAAGGCUUCCUCCAGUCGGGGGUCGGGGGGCCCUGGGAGGUGCUUUACAGACCGCUAAUAAAGACGAUC